UCUGACUCUCCCGGCCUCGCGCGUCAACAAUCUGCUCUGCUGCAGAUAGACAGGGCACGGAUCCUACUUUCUACGCUGGUUGCGUGAUGAUCUGGUGGUUGUGAGUGACAGGAUUUCCGGUGUCGCGCGUGCGUCAAGAUGUACGUCAAGCAAAUUAUCAUUCAGGGCUUCAAGAGUUACAAGGACCAGACCGUGAUCGAGCCAUUCUCCCCAAAACACAACGUUAUUGUCGGUCGCAAUGGUUCCGGUAAAAGUAACUUCUUCGCGGCCAUUCGAUUCGUCCUCAGUGAUGCCUACACGCACAUGGGGAGAGAAGAGCGCCAGGCUCUUCUUCACGAAGGCUCGGGGUCUGCUGUGAUGUCCGCCUAUGUUGAGAUCAUCUUCGAUAACUCUGAUGAUCGUUUCCCUACCGGCAAGCCCGAAGUGGUCCUCCGUCGUACAAUCGGUUUGAAGAAGGACGAGUACACCCUCGACCGCAAGAAUGCGACCAAAAACGAUGUCAUGAAUCUUCUCGAAUCCGCUGGCUUCUCCCGUUCCAACCCCUACUACAUUGUUCCUCAGGGCCGUGUGACUGCCUUGACAAACAUGAAGGAUUCGGAGCGAUUGAAUUUGCUGAAAGAGGUGGCUGGAACGCAGGUAUACGAAGCGCGUCGUGCGGAGUCCCUAAAGAUCAUGCACGAUACGAACACCAAGCGGUCAAAGAUCGACGAACUCCUCGACUUUAUCAACGAGCGAUUGGCGGAACUCGAAGAGGAGAAGGAUGAACUUCGGAACUACCAGGAUAAAGAUAAGGAAAGGAGAUGCUUGGAAUAUACAAUCUACUCGCGCGAACAGCAGGAGAUCUCCAGUUUCCUCGACAACCUGGAGGAGCAGAGGCAAACCGGUGUGGAAGACACAGAUGUCAACCGCGACCGCUUCAUCCAAGGGGAAAAGGAGAUGGCUCAGGUUGAUGCAGAAAUCGCCGAAUGCAAGCAACAAAUUGAAUUCUUGAAGGUGGACAAGGUGCAAUUGGAAGAUGAGCGUCGCGAUGCUUCCAAGGCGCUCGCACAGAUUGAGCUGCAAGCCAAGUCACUCUCCGACAACCAAGCUGCUGCUCAGGUGCUGAAGUCGCGUUAUGACGACGACCUGAAGUCCGUUCAGACAGCGAUUCAAGAACGCGAGUCGGAACUCGGCGGACUCAUCCCUGAAUUCAACGCAGCCAAGGACCAGGAGGAUGAUGUGAAAACCCGUCUCACUGAAGCAGAGACUUCCCGUCAAAGACUCUAUGCCAAGCAGGGCCGGAAUUCGCGUUUUAGGAACAAGUCGGAACGGGAUAAGUGGCUGCAGAAUGAGAUCAAGGACAACUAUAGCUCUGUCUCUUCCGUCCAGGGAGUGGUGUCCCAAACUCAGGAAGAUAUCCAAGAAAUUGAGAACGAGAUUGCUCUGCUGGAGCCGGAAACUGAACGUUUGCGCCAGCAGAUCGACGGCCGGGGUGACUCUAUUCACUCGGUGGAGCAGCAAGUCCAGUCUGCAAAGGAUGAGCGGGACCGGCUGAUGGAUCAGAGAAAGGAACUCUGGAGGGAGGAAGCCAAGCUGGAUUCCAUCCUGUCUAAUGCCUCCAGUGAAGUGGAUCGGGCCGAUCGCGCCCUGUCGCACAUGAUGGACCACAACACAAGCCGUGGGAUCGCGGCCGUCCGAAGGAUCAAACGCCAGCACAACCUCGAUGGCGUUUACGGCACGCUAGCGGAAUUGUUCGAUGUAAAUGACAGAUACCGAACUGCAGUUGAAGUCACGGCUGGCCAGAGUCUAUUCCACUACGUCGUUGACACUGAUGAAACAGCGACAAAGGUGUUGGAGGUUCUGCAACAAGAGAAAGCAGGACGAGUGACUUUCAUGCCCUUGAACCGACUGAGAUCUCGGCCGACCAACAUGCCUCGCGCCAGCGAUACGAUCCCAAUGAUCGAGAAGCUGCAAUACGACCAGGCCUACGAAAAGGCCUUCCUCCACGUGUUUGGCAAGACCAUCAUCUGUCCUAAUCUCCAAGUUGCCGCUCAGUACGCCCGCAGCCACGGUGUCAACGCCAUUACGCCCGAAGGUGACCGGUCAGAUAAGAGAGGUGCUCUCACUGGUGGUUUCCAUGAUUCGCGACAAUCGCGGCUCGAUGCUGUCAAGAUCCUAGCAAAAUGGCGGGACGAAUAUGAGUCCAAGAAGAACCGCGGAACUGAAAUUCGCAGGGAGCUGGAGAAGCUGGACCAGCUUAUUACGAAAGCCGUCGGGGAGUUGCAGAAGCUUGAACAGCAGCGGCAUCAAGUGCAGAACAGCAGUGGCCCUCUGCUUCAUGAGCUGAGGAGCAAACGCGACCUUCUUCAGAAGAGAAAUGACAAUUUGGAUGCCAAGCGGCGUGCUCUUCGUAACAUCCAAGGCAAUCUGGCUGCUCUGAACGACCAGAUCAACGCCUUUGAGGCAGAGCUGAAGUCCCCCUUCCAAAAAGCACUCAGCGCCGAAGAAGAGAGCCGUCUCGAGACCUUGAACUUUACCGCCCAAGAUCUUCGGCGACAGUACCAGGAACUGUCUGGCCAACGCAGUGAACUGGAAGCGCGGAAGUCGGUUAUCGAAGUCGAGCUGCGGGAGAACCUGAACCCCCGCCUCGACCAGCUUGUGAGCCAGGACAUUGAUAUGGCUGAUGACGACAACAAGGGCAACUUGAAGGAGACUCAGCGUGAAAUGAAGCGCUUCCAGAAGUCCCUGGAGAAGCUUGCCCAGCGGCUCCAACAGGUUGACGAUUCCAUCAACGAAUCUAACGGCAAGGUGGCGGAGCUCACACAGCGCAACGCUGAGACACGGCGAGAAAUGGAAGACCUGGCCAAAUCUAUCGAAAAGCACCAACGACGCAUGGAAAAAAGCAUGCAGAAGAAGGCUGCACUGACCAAGCAGGCGGCCGAAUGCUCUGCCAACAUCCGUGAUCUGGGUGUCCUUCCCGACGAAGCCUUCAUCAAGUAUAAGAACACCGACUCGAACACCGUCGUCAAGAAACUGCACAAGGUCAACGAAGGUCUCAAGAAAUAUUCGCAUGUCAACAAGAAAGCGUUCGAGCAGUACAACAGCUUCACGAAGCAGCGGGAAACUCUCAUCUCCCGAAGAGAAGAGCUGGAAAGCUCUCAGAAGUCGAUCGACGACCUCAUCACCGUGCUGGAUCAACGAAAGGAUGAGGCCAUUGAGCGAACGUUCAAACAGGUGUCCCGUGAAUUUGCCAAUGUCUUCGAGAAACUCGUUCCGGCUGGCCGUGGACGCUUGAUUAUCCAGCGGAAGACGGACCCUCGGCAGGGCGAUGAGAUUGACUCGGAUGAUGAAGAGGCGCGUCAAAGCGUCGAGAACUACGUCGGCGUUGGCAUCAGCGUCAGUUUCAACAGUAAACAUGAUGAGCAGCAGCGUAUCCAACAGCUCAGUGGCGGACAGAAGAGUCUUUGCGCACUCGCUUUGGUGUUCGCCAUCCAGGCCUGCGACCCAGCUCCCUUCUACCUCUUCGACGAGAUCGACGCCAACCUCGACGCCCAGUACCGGACCGCCGUCGCCCAGAUGCUUCAAUCUAUCUCCGACUCGACCAACGGGCAAUUCAUCUGCACGACCUUCCGCCCGGAGAUGGUGCACGUGGCGGAGAAAUGCUACGGCGUCAGUUUCCGGCAGAAGGCCAGUACGAUCGACGUGGUGUCGCGGGAAGAGGCGCUCAAGUUCGUGGAAGAGCAAAAGUCAUGAGGUGGGGAUUUGGUGGUCUUUUUUACUCAUACUCUCACGUCGGGUGCCGGGAUGGAUGGGACAGCAGGCGUAUCUCAGAAGGCAGUCGCUAUUUUCUUCUUUUUUUCUUGUCUUUUCUUUUCUUUUCUUUUAUUACUUCUUAUUUCUUUGCUUCAUUCUUGUAAAGAUGCAGUCGGCUUAUCUUCGCGGAUUCCCAAUGUUAAUCCUCC